CGUACCGGAAGUCAUUGAAUCGACAACCAACGACAUUUCUGCCCGUCUUGUUUUGGUGGCCGUAAAAGUAGAGGGGGGGAAAAAACCAAAAACAAAAGAUCGAUCUGAUGUUUUAAGACAAUGAGCGACGAGCACUACUUGGAGCUUUGCGACAACCUGGUCCACUUUGAAAACGCUUCGAGCGUCAACAAUGUUUUCUUCGACGAAGCCAACAAACAGGUGUUCGCGGUGCGUUCCGGGGGCGCCACGGGGGUGGUCGUCAAAGGUCCGGACGACAAGAGCUCGGUUGCCUUCAGGCAAGUCGCGGGCGCCCCACAAUUGUUCAUCAUCCUUAUUUUUAUGACAGCUUGGGCUCAAUAUUUGUUUUGUGUGCAGAAUGGAGGACAAAGGAGAAGUCAAGUGCAUCAAAUUCUCCAUUGGCAACAAAAUUCUUGCCGUGCAGAGAACGUCAAAGUCCGUGGACUUCAUCAACUUCAUCCCCGACUACCCGCACACGGAGUUCACGCACGAGUGCAAGAUGAAGAACGCCGACCUUCUGGGCUUCUGCUGGACCACCUGGAACGAGAUCGUCUUUGUCAGCGACCAGGGCAUCGAGUUCUACCAGGUGUUUCCCGACAAGCGCGCUCUCAAAUUGCUCAAGAGUCACAGCCUCAACGUCAACUGGUACCAAUACUGCCCCGAGACCGCCGUCAUGCUGCUGUCCACCACCGUGCAGGCCAACGUCCUGCAGCCCUUCGCCUUUCGGGGCGGGAGCGUCUCCAAGAUGUCCAAAUUUGAGAUCGAGCUGCCCGUCGUCCCGAAACCGGCCAAACUCAGCCUAUCCGAGAGGGACGUCGCCAUGGCGACCAUUUACGGUCAGUUGUACGUGAUGUACCUGAAGCAUCACUCCAGGAGCGCCAACAGUCCCGGCGCCGAGGUGGUGCUCUACCACAUGCCAAGGGAAGGCGCGUGCAAGAAGACCCACGUGCUGAAAUUGAACACCGCUGGCAAAUUUGCUCUCAACAUCGUCGACAACCUGGUGGUGGUCCAUCAUCAGAGCUCUCAGACGUCGCUGAUGUUCGACAUCAAGUUGAAGGAGUCGGACGGCGCCGUCAGCACGCAUCAGCCCGUGCUUCCCGCUCGCUCCAUCCAGCCGUGCCGCAUCCCGCACGCAGGUCCGGCCGCGGUUCCCUCGCAACUUGCCGUCCCGUGUCAACUGUACUCGUCUUCCUGGGGCGUCUUCCAGCCCGACAUCAUCAUCAGCGCCAGCGAAGGUUACCUGUGGCACCUUCGCGUCAAGUUAAGUCCGACAGUGGACAUGCUCCAGGACAAAAGCAAAUUGAUGGACUUCCUGUUACGACGCAACGACUGCAAGACGGUCAUCCUGUCCGUGUGCUCGCAACUGGUGGAAGGCGAGCGGCGAGCGAGUCUUCCCGUGGUGGCGAGCGUCUUCGACAAACUCAAUCAGGUGUACAAGGACUUCCUGGAGGCGGAGCAAAGCUACAGCGCGGCCGCGGAGGCGGGGCCGGCGCGAGGCGGACUUUCUCACAAGCGACCCGUCAGAAGCCAGGCGGUCAUCGACCAGUCGGACAUGUACACGCACGUCUUGUCGGCGUUCGCCGAGAGGAAGGGCGCCUCCCACAAGUUGACCGUCGCCGUGCUGAUGGAGUACAUUCGCUCGCUCAACCACUUCCAGAUCGCUGUGCAGCACUACUUGUACGAGCUGGUGAUCAAGACGCUGGUGCAGCACAACCUCUUCUACGUCUUGCAUCAGUUCCUGCAGUACCACGUCCUCACCGACUCCAAGCCGCUGGCCUGUUUGCUCCUGUCCCUGGAGAGCACGUACCCCCCCGCCCAUCAGCUGUCCCUGGACAUGUUGAAGCGCCUGUCGACGGCCAACGACGAGAUCGUGGAGGUUCUGCUGUCCAAGCAGCAGGUUCUGGGCGCGCUGCGAUUCAUCCGCAGCGUCGGCGCCUACGACAACACGUCCGCCCGCAAGUUUCUGGACGCGGCUCGACAGACGGGAGACCGCAUGUUGUUCUUCACCAUCUUCAGGUCCUUCCAGCAGAGGAACCAGCGCCUCAGGGGGAACCCGGCCUUCAACCCAGGUCAGCGCGCCCGCCCGUACGCUUGCUAGCGGAGGCGAGCACUGCGAGGAGCACGUGAUUCACUUCACGCAAGUGUUUGGUGAGCAGGCACUGAUGAGAGCGGCCACCACCUGACCGCCGUCGGCGCGGCGUCCGGCCAGCUCUCGCGCUUUCCUGCCCGUGCGCAUGCGCGGCCGUCGUCCCGAGUCUGCGUGAAAUAAAGCAUCCGUGUCUACAA